ACCAUACGAGCAAAAAUAUAAGGGUUGCAUAUGAUAUUAACGUUACUAAGCAAUAAUAAAAGAACCAGAAAACAACCAAUCACAUCGUCGAAUACAAACCGUCGAACUUGGGGGUUAGAUACUAUUUCAAAUAACGCUAACGUUAAGUACAGACAAUUUUUUUGUGUGCAUAUUAUCAGUUUAUUAUUAAUUAAGGUAGCGUCUUCAUUAUCGCCAGUCAUCUGGUUGCACACAAAAGAACAAAUCAGAGUUUUUCUUCAGUGCCAGUCAGAAUGAAGGGAGUGAAAACAGAAGAGCCAUAUGCACCUGUGCCCUACCACCCAACACCUGUUUACCAGCAGACCAGCCACAACCACUAUGGGUUAUGUCAUGACGCUGCCAUUAACUUCCUGCGUGAGAGGACAAUGAACGUGUCAGGCAUGGCCAUGACACCACAGCCUGAGCCUCCAUCAAGGACCUGUCAAUACUACGGGGAGGCACAGAACUAUUGUUUGACCCCACUGCCAGUUGGAUUUUCUGAGGGAUGUCCUGCCAUGUUGCCAUGUAAGGGGACACAGAACCUGCUCUCUAUGGCCAUGAGAAGCACAGAAGCACCACAGCUUCCAUUAAGAACUCAUAGGGACAGAAGGAAGUUGGAUGGCCCACAGACAACAUUGCCAGGCACCUCAGGUGACUUGACUGCCUGCCAGCUCAGUAAAACCAGCUCGAGCCUCCCACAAGGGGUCGCAGGGGACAGCAAAUCCACAAACACCUUACAAAAGAGGGAGCUCCGCUUGAUGAAGAACAGGGAAGCGGCCCGGGAGUGUCGACGAAAGAAGAAGGAAUAUGUCAAAUGCCUCGAAAAUCGUGUGGCUGUGCUUGAAAAUCAAAACAAGACUCUCAUUGAGGAGCUCAGAGCCUUAAAAGACAUCUACCGACACAAAGUGGAGUGACCCCUCGGUUUGUUUGGACUGUGUCUGUCUGCUUCUGUUGGGGUGUCUUGAGGACUCUGGUUUUGCUUAUACAGACACAAAAUCACACACACACACACAUAAAUACACACUUGCACAAAACACUCCUUGUCCUUGCUGUAAAAUGUGUUUACACAAUGAUGUCAAUGUUUCUGGCUCUGAAUUAUCCAAUGCGCCACCACCAGUAAUAAGAAAAACCUUAUUUCAGGUCAGGGUUAUUAUCAGUAAAUUUUACAAGGAGGAUAUAUCCCUUUGAACAGGGAUUCUGCCAGAAAAGGAGCAAGAGAAAGAAGGAAUAUUUCCAUAAACUGAAGACUUGCAAUGCCUUUCAGGUAAUGGAGAAUAAAAUGCUGAAGGCCGAGCUGCAGCACUUGAAGACACCGAGGCCUUUUAGUCCUUAACUGCAUUGCAUUUUACAUUCCUUCAUAUCAUUUUUAUUCUUUGGCUCUAUUAAAAUGUAUACAUUUAUAGUCUUUGUGAUGAUCUGUUUUCUAUGGAAGUUUGUUCAGGAAAAUCUACAAAAACCAAAUGUUCAAAGGGAAUCGGGUCAUCAGGGCUUUUCGUAGUAAUGUUUGUGUUUUCUGUUAUCCCACUUAAAUAAAUAAAUCCUAAUGCAAGCAUAAUAUCAGGAAUUAACACCCACUGCAUUUACCACUCAUCUUCCUUUGUAUCUAAUAUAGAGAGCUACCACAAUCUGUUGUGCAUUUGAAUAAGGUCUUAUCUGCUUCUAACUUGUGGCAUUCAUAUUUAUUUGGGCAGGUCUACCCCGUAGUUUUGAAAGUUUUGAAAACCAUUUGUACUUUUAAAAAUAAGCCAAAAAAAAAAGGGUGUAUCUUGAUGUAACUGUACGGAAGCCGUGAGAGGGAAAACAAAUCGGGUUAUCCAUUUUUCUCAGUUUGAUUUUGAUGUUUUUUCUAUGUUUCUUACUUUUUUCAUAUCUGAAACUGAUUUUAAAAAAAAAUAGAAUUUUGCCAGAUGAAAGAAGGUUUUGUCAAAGCAUUUUUUUUCUUACAUGUUUGUCAGUAGUGGAAACAGGUCUUUUUGUAUUUUUUUGUCAGGAUAAUUUUUCUACUGUUUUGUUACUGUAGUACUCAUUUUGGCCACAAAACGCAGAGUGUACCAGUGACCCAUGUUAUAAAUAGGACUAAAAGCAUUCAUGUUUUCUUCCUGGUGAGUUUUAAUUUCAUGCACUCAAAACACAAUUUAUGCAAGUUAUUUAACUUUACUGUUACUUAUGUGGAAGAAAAAAACAAAUGCUUUACGUUCUAUUUAGAACAUAUUUUGUUGUGCACUUCAGCCUUGUGGCUGCGAUGGGUAUUACAACAACAAACAUUUCUCUGCCAAAUCAGUUUUCAUAGAUGAAAAAGUUACUUUAAAAAAUGAGCCUGACAAAAGAAGGAGUUUUCACUUGCCAAAAAUGAAUAACUUUAAAAGGUAAAAUUAACCUGGAAAAACUUUUUCUUUCUUUUUUUUUACUUGGCAAGAAUACUUUUUCAAUCUGUUUCCCUGAUAAAAAAAAAGAAAAAGAAAAAAAAGAAAAUGUCCCUGGCCUCUCAGGGCUUCUGUAGAAUUCUGUGUAUAUUUAGUUAUGCGUAUGUGGAAUUGUGUUAACUUCACUGUAUUCACUUAACUUUUCUGUUUCUUGCCUCAUUUCAGUGUACAUGGUUGGAUUUAGAAGGUAUUUAUGUUACUGUCAUUUUGAAUGCAGUUUAUUUGAAAUUUGAUGCAGAAAUCGAGCUUUUAAAACUUCUCAGUUGAUGCUUUAUUUCACCUCUGUAACAAUUAGUGACUGUUAUGAUCACUAUCUGAAGGUCUUAUAGGUAUACUGUUUUAAUGUAUUUGCUUCAAUAAAGUUCUUGCUCAGUC